AUGCACGAGAAUGCGAGAGGCUGGGGAGCAUCUUAUAGGGGGACACUUGAAGACACAAGUCGAAGGAACGAAACUGCAGCUAGUUUCAGAAGCCCUGCGCUCGUUGUAUCGACACUCAUGGAAGCUUGGGGAGUCGUGCAAGGUGGUCUCGUAGCCGACGGUACAGUCAAAGAUAUGCUGUACGGUCUUCCAGUUGGAUUGAACGAUCUGUCUGCCCUGCAUGCUGAGACGACAAGAUAUGGAGUAACUGUUCGUAUUCUCUUGGAUCAUUUAGAUCAAGUGAAAUUUCUGGAGGAAUACGAGAGGGCGCAAGAACACCCGAAGAAAUGGACUGCGUUUAUCAAAAUGAACGCUGAUCACUCACAAACUUCCAGAGCCUCUUUCAAAGCAUUCAUGAGGAGGGUGUUUGCACCUCCGGCAAUUUCGGUGUUCGGAUUUUACACCUACGUCGGAUACUCGUAUGGAGUGACGUCUCUGGAGGAAGCUAUCUCGUAUUUAACAGGGGAAGUCCGUCUUACCAAUGACGCAGCGGCCAUUAGGCUCGUGACCAGCCUGGCGUAUACUACCACGGAUACUCAAGUGACUGAUUACGAGUCUAAGCGGCCAUGGCCAUGGAAGUUCUGGCAGAGUCGGAUAACAGAGAGGUCAACAAUCAAGCCAUUCGUCCUCUCCGUGGGACCCACUCCGACUGCUCUUGGCGCAACCGCGGAAGCAAAGCUGAAGAUGGCAUCUACACUCAAUGGAACACUGUAACUCCAUACAGAUAAGCGAAUUUCAUCAGGAAGGGAUUUAGCGUGGUAUAAAUCGAUUCGUACAGAAAUUACACCAUGCUCGAUCUCCAGCAGCUACACACAAACAUUGAUUGGUCGUCCGCAAAUCUCCCAGAAGGUUUUAGCCACCGUUAUUUUCAUACUGCCCCGGAAAAGGAUAUGACAGGCAAAGACGAAGCCAUAUGUGAUGCUGG